AAUAAUCUGGAUAUGGAUUCACUCGAACCCGACCCACAUCCCUACAAUCGGUGCCCGUUUGACAUUUGAAAUUCUUCUUCCGGCGCCGGCAACCGCUGCCGGUGGUUUCAGCACAUUUAACAGAUAUACACUAUUAGGCUUACAAUGUCGAUGGCCGGCGACAACACUUGGGUUGGAAAAAAGCCACUGAGAAGAGUGGGAGGGAUGUCCGAUGCUCUCUCCAUUGCCGCCGAUCUCGGCUUCUCCGUCGCUCCUCCGCCUUCUCAGGAAGAUAUCCAGAACUUAUCCACCGGUGAAAAGGGGGAUGACUUGGUAAGGAUCUUGCGAGAAUUGACUGCUGUACAGAGGAAAAUCGCGGAUCUUCAAGUAGAACUUCAAGGCAGAAAGGAGGACAAGAAUGUUGCUCAUUUAACACAUGUGAGUGAGAUGGAGAAGAAGAUCGAGACGUUAGCUCGUAUCACAACUAUACUGAAAGAUGUUAUUCAGAACAAGGAUCGGAUUAUUGCUCGGCUCCAGCAACCUUACUCGUUGGACUGCAUACCUGUGGAAGCUGAGUACCAGAAACAAUUUUCGGAACUGCUGAUGAAAGCAGCAAGUGAUUACGGAGCAUUGACUGCUUCUGUUGGCGAUUUCCAGUGGAGCCAAAACUUUAAAGAACCACCUACAGUAUGGGGGGAAAUGCUUCGUCCAAUUCCAGUAGCGUUGGCAUCUUGCACUCGGUUCUUUGAAGCUAUGACUGCAAUGAGAGAUUCAUUCGCCAAACUCCAAACACUGAGAGUUGGUCAUUCGUCUCAGAGAGCGGCAAUAAUGGGUGAUUCUGAUUGCGUAACUCCUCCACAUUGGACAACUGAAUCGAGCUUCGAUGAUUUGGCAGUUAGAAAGCAAGGUGACGAUGCAAGCGGUGAAGUUGGAGUCGAAGAUUACGUAGAUGACACCACCCACAGGAGAUUGUCUUGGCCCUCGCCUGUUAAGAAAAUCGAGUCGUGAUUAUUACAAAAUAGUACAUUGUUUUUUUAAUCUAAAUAUGUGUAUCUUCAUAAUGUUUAGGGUUGAUUUAUUUUUUUUAUUUUUUUUGGAAAUCUAAUUCUUAGACAUAAGAAUAGAUGUUGUAUUCCUCUACUAAGUAUUCUUGAAUGUAUUUUACUAUCAACGAGUGGGGUUUUUGGCUAAA